GUGAAAACUGAAACCCCUCCGGCCUUCUGUCUCUCUCGCUCAGCGGGGAUCAACCCAUCGAUAGAACCCCCUCUCUCUGGCCGAAUCCUCUGUCGUGAAACCCCUCACUCCACGAAACUCUCACAGCGACCUCUGUGUGUGUCCAUCUCUCUCUCGAUCUCACCGUCUGCCUUCUUCCGGCGUUUGUUGCUGAUUCCGCGGUGGUUACACAAUCCGGCGCUUUUUUGCAGAUUCCUGCGUCCAUUGAAAAUUCCGGCCAUUUCUCGGCGAGCUUCAGAACGUCAGGGGUAUUAAUAUCAUCGACCUAAAACCUCAGGAGGAAAGUGUAUUUCACCAUUAAGUUACGGAAAGUGUUCCAGCGCCCAGUCGCGACUCUGGCAACAAGAGAGCAGCGCAACACCCCCCGAUAUCUCCGUCGCCAUUCAACGUUUCCGGUAACGGCGCCGGUAUUUGCAAUUGGGGUCCACAAGUGCAAUGCGUAAUCCGCUCUAAAAGGAUACCGUUUGUCCUCUGCCAUCCAACAACUCAAUGGAAGCUCGAAGCUUUAUUUCUGGGUUUUGCUCAAACCCCAUCAUCAACAACCCAAUUCAAAACCCUAGCAAAGCAUCUUUUCCUGCAGUACCCUCUUAUUCAAAUCAGGUGUCCUUCAAAACCCUUUACUCUCUCUCUUGGAAACUUGAUUCGUGUGAAUACAAGCUUCGGUGUAGAAGUAGUUUACAAAAGGUAGAGGCUGUUUCUGGUGAUACGGAGGGUCUGAAAUCUGGGGAUAGGAAGAAAAAUUUGGCAGUUUUCGUCUCCGGUGGUGGUUCGAAUUUCCGGUCCAUUCACGAGGCCAUUGUUGAAGGAUCAGUAGAAGGAGAGAUUGUUGUUUUGGUCACAAACAAACCUGGUUGUGGAGGUGCGGAAUAUGCGAGGGAUAACAACAUUCCUGUUAUUUUAUUCCCUGGAAUGAAGGAACAACCUGACGUUCUCUCUGCCAAUGACCUUGUCACUACUCUUAGGAGAUACAAGAUUGACUUCAUUCUAUUAGCUGGAUACUUAAAACUUAUACCAGUUGAAUUAGUCCGCGCCUAUCCAAGAUCAAUCUUAAACAUUCAUCCCUCACUUCUUCCAGCUUUCGGGGGCAAAGGUUAUUAUGGUAUGAAGGUGCAUCAAGCAGUAAUUGCUUCUGGAGCAAGAUAUUCAGGUCCGACAAUUCAUUUCGUUGAUGAGCACUAUGACACAGGACGUAUCCUAGCUCAAAGAGUUGUACCUGUACUCGCUAAUGAUACAGCGGAUGAGCUGGCUGCAAGGGUUCUUCAGCAGGAACACCAAUUAUAUGUUGAGGUAGCAGAAGCGUUGUGCGAAGAGCGAAUAGUAUGGAGGGAAGAUGGUGUCCCACUUAUCCGAAACAAAGAAAACCCUAGUUACUACAAGUAACAGUAAAAUUUAUCAGCAAUUUAUUGGCCGGUUGAUAAUUUUUGACGUCCCAAUUUUACUCUAGGGUAUGUAUGGACUCUCUCAAAACUCAAAAGGCAACAGGGAUUGGAAAGCUCCCGUCGUUAGCAAACCCUUGUACCAUAUGAUCUCCACUCAUUACACCCAAUUUCCUUUUCCUCUGGUAGCUUUGUAGUUGUGCCCAUGGAAGAGUUAUAUUUCAUUGGGAAUUUUGUAUCAGUAGGAUUUCAUAUAUACUUUAGAAGUAAGCUUUCAUCUUCCAUUUUUGCAAGACUAUUGUCAGGAAGGUUUUGGAAGCUUGAAUUAGUUUAUGUUGAAGUUUAGACGACUUGUUUUUGCUAGUUUCAGGGUUGAGAAUCUACAAGUUUUGAAGGAAGUGUUCUGCCGUGGUUGUGAAUGGGUUAUGAAUUUUGUUAGAAAGAUAUCUGUGUAUUAGUGAGAAACCGGGGGACAACAACAAUCAAUCAAUAUUUAUGUCCAUUUUGUUUUUGGGAUUGGGAGAUGCUGUCAAGCACAGUGCCAAGCAGUCAAUCCAGCCAUUCAUUCCGGCGAUCGACGGUUUAGAUCUUGAUUGAGCAAUGGAUGGUUCAGAUCUGUGUGCAUUCAGAUUCAAUCCGAGCCGUUCAUGCCGAAAUGAACGGCCGGAUGCCGCUUGGCAACAUCGCCAGAUCUAUUUUUUUCUGUUAUCGUAACAAAAUUUAUGUCUCAUAUGUACCCAUCUACCAGUAUAUGUAAUGUCCUAUGGGUAUGAUCUAAUUGACUACAUGUUGCCAUUCAUGAAUCUUAAAUUGAUUUACCUGUUGUACCAAAA